AUGUCGAACGGCCAAGACCGCCUGGCGCUAAGCAUUGCGCAAAGAGAUAAUGUCUUCGUUGCGGUGGAAGCCACGAUACUGAUUUUGGUGGACAUCACAGCUUUGAUCGGAAACAUUCUGGUUUUCGCCGUAGCUUAUAGAAAUCGCCGUCGGCUUACCAUCACAGACGUGUUAAUCGUCGCACUCUCCCUGACAGAUCUACUGGUAGCAACCUCAGUGAUGCCACUUUCUGCAGGAGCGCUUAUCGCAGGGGUUUGGCCUUACCACAGAGCUGUUUGCCUUUUCCAGGGAUUCUGCGUUAUAACGUUUGCUACAGCUUCACUUAAUACUCUCUCUGUCAUUGCCAUUAACAGAUAUUUCUGCGUCGUGAAGCCUAACGACUAUCGAACCGUGUUCUCCAUGAAAAGAACGCUAGGUUACUUGGUGAUCGUGUGGCUACUGGCGUGCCUUUUUUCAGUUUCUACACUUGUGUUUGGUAGGGAAGACUACGCAUUCCAGCCCGGCAAAGUUCUUUGCGUGUAUCCCUUCGAAAUAAACAUCGCUUACACCGUUUGUCUCGAUGUUAUGUUCAUUGGAGUGCCAACAUCAACCAUUGUUUUCUGUUAUUGGCGCGUUUUUAAGACAGUGCGAGGGCAAAACCGCGUCAUGACGGCAAAUGGGGAAGAUUCUGCGACCAGGGUCAACGUGCGCGACGCCAAUAUCACCAAAACUCUGGUAGCGGUUGUCGUUGGAUUUGCAUUAUGCUGGCUUCCCGUGUUAGUGAUGGACACCACAGACGUGGUGACAGGCGCUCUUAUUCUGCCCCGUCAGAUGUACCUGUUCUAUACAAUCAUGGUUUUCUUGUCUUCUACAAUCAACCCUUUUAUUUACGCGGUUUUCAACAAAAGAUUUAAGAGAGAGUUUUUGAAGAUUUUCCGACUUAUUCUAAACUACCGUGAACAAGUUCACCUGCCAUCCGUGAGAUCAUCUUCUCAGUAA